UGCAGUAAUAAAUUUGAAUUCUUAUAUGAACCACAUAAAUAAGUCAAAAGAGUGUUUAAAGUUGCCCAACAUUUCGAAGUCAGCAUAGAGGAAAGAAGCAGCUUCAAACGGUAGAGAUUUAUCUAGAAUUCCAAUCUUUUCACCGUAGUUUCCUCGCGAAUUCGUUUAUUUCAACGAUUUUUCGAAAGACAUCCGACUCUCCUUUAAAAUCUGAAUUUGUUACGAUUUCUAGUAUUUCUUAUAUAAAGUCUUCUGGGUCAUCUGCCUCGCCUAGCAGAAGAAUUUCUUCACAAUCAGACAAAUCAAAUCAAAUUAAGCAAUCUGUCAUGGCUGAAGAGUGGCUUAUCCAUGUUAGAGAUGGCUUUCGCGACCAGAAUUUGGAUUGCAGCCGAAAAUCUGAUAAAGUGUCGAUUUAUAAAGUACCCAAAUUCCUUAUCGAACUGAUGCAGAGCGCUUAUGUUCCACAAAUGGUGUCAUUAGGCCCACUUCAUCACGACUCCGCGCUUACUGAAAUGCUUGCUCACAAAAUGCAUGCUACCAGGAAAAUGUUUGCCAGUUGUUAUGCGAGUAACAUGGAAUUUGAGAAAAAGGUUAUAGGACCGAUUCUCAAACUGGUUCCCAGAGUAUUAGAGCUGGAGCUUGAAAGAAAUGAAGCAGGAGCAUUUAGUGAGCUUUGCCAGUUGUUAGAUCGUGCCCGUAUAGCAAGGUUAUUCUACCCAUUUCUACAGAAAGGAAUUCCACACACACAGGAAAGUAAGCAUCUUUUGGAUUUAAUCCGUAUGCUGGUUAUAGAUUCAUCCAAUCCCCAUAAAGACACCGUAAGGACAUCUAAUUGUCCUGGCAAACAAGAGAUUAUAAUCCCCUCAGCUUCCGAACUAAGCCGUGCUGGAAUCAAAUUCACAGAGGUGAAGGGAAAAUUCAAAGGGAUCAGAAUCCAGAAGAACAGAUUUUACCUUCCGAGAAUCAGAAUCUCCAGUAGCAUUGAAACCCUCCUGCGGAAUCUCAUGGCAUUAGAAAUAUGUGAGGCGGAUGACACCUGUGAAAUAUCAAGGUACGUUCUUCUGAUGUGUGAGCUAAUCGAUUCUGAAAGAGAUGUCCAUGUGCUAAAGAAAGCUGGAAUUAUCAAGAGCUACAUGGCAAGCGACAGAGAAGUGACAGAUCUCUUCAACAGACUUAGCAAAGGCAUUACCAGAAGCUACGAGGAUCCAUUUGCUAAAGUGAGAGAAGAUGCUCAUAAACAUUACCAUAGCAAAAUUAAGGUCAUGAUCGCUGAAUUUGCAGACGACCAUUGUUCAAGACCAUGGAGAACUGUUUCUGUUGUUGGAGCAUGCAUGUUUUUGCUCUUAGCGGCUGUGCAAACGAUUUUCUCGCUGCAUCGCAAACUUUUGGUAAAUUAGUCCUCCUCAAUGCUUAAAUAUGUGGAAUUCCAGCUCCUUAAAUGAUAUUGUCUGCAUUUAUAAGUAGGCCUGCACAAGAUUCCCAUGGAAGGAGCUCAUUAAAGUUUUCUACAGGUGUUCUUAAAAUUUAGGGGCCUCUUCAAGCAGCUGAAAAGUUUAUUCUAUUACAUGUAUGACAUUUUUUAUUUCAUAAUGUCUAAACAGAGUCCUAAACCAGUGGCUAACUUUUAAUCGGUUACCGUAGUUAUGUAUGAUCAGUAGCAAUUAUUUUUCAUGAAAGAGAUUAUGGUAACGUCUCUGAGAGUUUCUAGGAUUGAGGGCCGAGUUUUAGGUAUGCCAAUUUCUUGGAUUUUGGGAUUU